AUGAGUGAACGCUUAUCGUACGGCGCAGACUCAGCGCCAAUCCCAAGAUGCUUUGAUUUAAAAUCUUCGAAGAUUACUGUAAUGGGGGAUGAUAACUCAGGAAAAACGUCUCUGGUUCGCAGUUGGUUAGGUAAUUCAUUUCAAAUAUCAGAUGCUAAUCGUUACAGGGUUUCGGACCUCUACCAUAAGAAAAUUCAAUUUGAUACUUUGAUAAAGUACUAUCACACCUUUGGAGUGGAGGGGCAGGUGCCAAAUUCUGCGAGUCUCGAAGUUAAGAAUCCUGAUAUACUUUAUGAGAGUUGUGGCGAUUUUCUAGAAAAACACUUGAUUAAUACUAAUAAAUCAGUUGCCAAAAGACGCACCAGUAUUGAUGUCCAAAUUUUUGACACCAACCAGAUGGAGGUUUCAUAUCAUUCUGAACUAACCACUACUCAAAUUAAGCAGUCAGAUGCGAUUAUAUUAUGUUUUGAUUCCACUAAUUACAGCUCUUUUGCCAGCUUAGAAUCUUAUAUUUGUAUUAUUCACCACGUAAGCUUAACAUGUGAGUUGAAUAUUCCAAUUAUUAUAGCGUGUACGAAGUGUGAUCUGAUUUCUGAAAGGGUAAUAAGUUCUGAAAAAAUUUUAGUACUCCUCCAAGAACUGAAUCUCUCGCCAAGCAGCCUAGACUAUUUCGAAACAUCAUCCAAGUUUGAUGCAAAUGUUGAAGACUUGUUCUUAGCAGUAUUAUUGAAGAUUGAAAAAUCUAAAAGUGAUCGCAGGAAACUUCUACAAGGGCUUAUAAGCAAGAUGUAUCCGGCCGAGUGUUCGCCUCCCUUAAAUGGCAAAGGGAGGACCUGUGAUGCUGAAACUGGAGAAAGGAUUAAUAAAAGCCUCGAAAGCCAUUCAGCAACCGCUACUCUAGUUGAAUCAAAAAAUCCCACAACAACAAAGGGUAAACAAAUAUCAGUGAAGACGUCUUUAGCUAAAAACUCUACAGUUCGAAGGUUGAAUGAAAGUUCAUCGAUUGAUGAAAAGAAAAAAUUGAAAUGUAUAAUAGCAUGCUGCGUAAUGUGA